AUGGGCAUGGUUUCCGGCGAGUCCCAAGCCGUUCCUCACCGGACUGAUGAACGUUCGAUGUGGGAUGCCCUGAAGAAGAAAAUCAACGGGCUGGUCCGGAAAGUGAACGCGUCCAACGUCAGGGAUAUUUCCGAGGAGCUUUUAUCCCAGGACUUAAUUUGGGGAAGAGGGUUAUUUUGCUCUGCAGUUCUCCGAUACUCGCCGGAUUCCGAACCAGUUUUGGCCGCUUUGGUGGCUGCAAUCAAUUCGAGAUUUCCUGAUGUGGGUUACCUUCUGUUGAAAAGGAUUAUAAACCAGUUCAAGUUUGCUCUGAAUCAAAAGGAACACGCGGUCCAGUUAAUUCCCCUGUCGAAGCUCUUAGCCCAGUUAGUGAAUCAGGGAGUUGUUCGAAAACUUGUAGCAAUUGAGAUUGUGUUUCUUCUUUUGCUGGAUUGCACUCCCAGCAGUUUUAACAUCCAAAUUGCUGCUGGAUUUGUUGAACAAUGCGGGUCGGUAGUCUAUGCAUCUAAUCCGAGAGGGAUGGAUACUGUGUUAGAGAGGUUUCAAGAGGUGAUUGAUGAAGGGGAUUUGGAUGCAGAUGUGGUUUGUCUGAUUGAAAAGUUGAUCAGUAGAGGAAGAAGACGGAAAUUACGUGGAGGUCACAAUCACAUUGUGGAUGUUGUUCCUGCUGAGCUAGAUAUUGUGGAAGUUGAUGAUCAGGUCACACAUGAAAUCUCUGUUUUGAAUGAGUUGGACUCAGAGAUGUUCCUUGAUCACAUCGCAGUUGGAGGACACUUUCCUGAUGGAUCAAAACACAACGAAAGAUUGACCCCCAUGAAAGAACACCAUGAAGAAGCAGAGGACUAUGCAGACGACGAAGACCUGAAGAGCCCAACCGGCCUUCUUUCGGCUCCAAAAUUCCAGAGGCUGGUCAAGAAUUUCAAGAGUCUUUCUCAGUUAUUUGCAUACAAGGAUGAUGAGAUGGAGGAUGAAGACUUCAGCAUGGAUAUAGGAUUACCAACUGAUGUCAAGCAUGUCACUCACAUAGGAAUAGAUGGUUCCGCCACAUCUAUUCUGUCCAAAGGUUGGGAUAAUCUCAAAGCACCAGAUUUCCAUGGGCCUGCUCCGCCUGUUCAUUUUAGACCUUCUCCAGAUUUUCUGGCCACGCCAGCAAGAGCUUCUCCUCACGUGCGUGGUUGCUCUCCACUUAAUUCAACACCAUCCUUGUCUGGGACGCCAGCAGAAGUUCCAUUUGAUUUCCCUGCUCCUUCCAUUCAUUUGACACCAUCCCCACUUGGCACACCAAAACAAGUUUUUUCUGCUGUUCAGCCGACACGAUCCCCAUUUGCCAAGCGGCUCAUGCAAGCACAAGCUCCUUCCCCUGGUCGUUUGAUACAAUCCCCGCAUUCCGUUCCAUCAGAAGUUCGCCAACUCAAUGUCAAGGGAGCCUAA